UGGUGUUGCACUGAUAUUCUUCCGACUGCGUUUCCACUCCGGUUUGUGAUUCUUCAGCUAGCCGAGUGCUGCCACUAUGACCGGCCGGGUUCUAGUCGGAGUUAAGCGGGUUAUUGACUACGCCGUAAAGAUCCGAGUCAAGCCUGACAAAACCGGCGUGGUUACGGAUGGCGUGAAACACUCGAUGAACCCUUUCUGUGAGAUCGCAGUGGAGGAGGCUGUCCGACUGAAGGAGAAGAAACUGGUGAAGGAGGUUGUGGCUGUAAGCUGUGGACCUCAGCAAGUCCAGGAGACCAUCCGUACAGCGCUGGCUAUGGGGGCAGACCGCGGCAUUCACGUGGAGGUUUCCGGAAAGGACUACGAGUCUCUCGGGCCUCUGCAGGUGUCCAAGAUCCUCGCCGCGUUGGCCAAGAACGAGGACGCUUCCCUCAUCAUCCUCGGGAAACAGGCUAUCGAUGACGACUGUAAUCAGACGGGUCAGAUGACGGCCGCUCUGUUGGACUGGCCCCAGGGGACCUUCGCCUCCGAGGUGACGUUCGAGGGAGAUAAACUGAAAGUGGUGCGAGAGAUUGACGGAGGACUGGAGACCAUUAAAAUCAACACGCCUGCGGUGGUGACUGCCGACCUCCGCCUCAACACACCCCGAUACGCCACACUGCCCAACAUCAUGAAAGCCAAGAAAAAGAAGAUCGCCAGCGUGAAGCCAGGAGACCUGGGAGUGGACAUGAGCUCUCGGAUGGAGGUGCUGCGGGUGGACGAGCCGCCACAGAGGCAGGCUGGAAUGAAAGUGGAGUCGGUGGAGGAGCUGGUGGCUAAGCUGAAGGAGGCAGGAAGCAUAUAAAGGCCAAGGGAGGAGGUGGAGCUAGUGCACCUACUCACUGGGAUCUAUUUUACUCAUCGCCAUAAACCCUGACUCAAACCCCACGGACGUUCGACACUUUCACCGAUUCUCUGACCAGCCGGCUGUAGCGGUGUCCGCUCCGUUCUGUAUCCCGACUCCAUCGUUAUUUCUCGUCCUGGUCCUUAUAACUCUCACACUCAUCUUUGUAGUAAUUUUUCUGCUGUGUUACAGCUAGUGUCACUACACUGUCUGGUGUAGAUUAAUGCUGAGAGACACUUUCUCACGUUAAAGAGAAGGAAUGCUGAUCUAGGAUCAGUUUUUGCUUCCUGUUUGAUCACAUCAUAUAUUUAAAUGAUCAGAAUUCAGAGCGGUACUGAUCCGUAUUCAUCUCUGACUGACGGCUGGAGGAAGAAGCGUUUUUGCUUUUUAUGCUGUAUUCAGUAUGUUUAUUAGAUACUUCAAUUGGAAACCUUCCUAGAUUAGCACUUGUACACUACCUGAUUCAAGUAAACGAACCGGUUUCCCGUUAUUUUGUCCGUCCUGCGUCCGUCCCUGUCAGAAAGACGAGAUGUUUAUGAUACGAGGGUGUGUCUAUGAUCCUACACUCUUUAUAAACAAAGGACGUUUCUAAUAAAUACACACACCGUCUAUAAAAACCUCGUCUGAACCGUAGAUAAAUCACACGAGUACCGUUUCAGCUUGAAUAGUUUAUACUUCAGAGAGUGUCUCUCAGCAUGGGCCAGAACGAGAGAAAUGAGCUCUUUUUUUUUUCUUUUUUUUUUUACCACAAACGCUUCUGGUUUUGAGUUUUGAUUGUACAGUAUCUAACUGUGAAAAUAAAAAAAAAACAAUCUGUUCUUUUCA